CCAGAAUAAUUGAAUGGGGGUUGAUAGAGUGGGCUAUGCACGUUGAGUAGAGUGGGCUUCAAGAGUAGGUAAUCUCUUCUCGAUGAAUGGAUAGAUGAAUGACACGUAAGCAUUUCUUCUUACCACUUCCCUUCCAACACGCUUCUCUCUCUCCUCUUCUCUCCUCUCCUCUUCCUUCAUUCCCUUCUUUGCCCUAAUCAACAAUCUCAAUUCUCAGAUCUCUUCCCUCCAUUUCCAAGAAAAUAAAUUGACUCUAUUUUGGGGUUUUGCAUACUGGAUUUGAUGUGCAUAGUAAGAUGUUUGAAGAGUCAUGUGAAUAUGCAGUGUUUUCUAUUGAAUAGCUGAACCUGAAACGCCUUUUACCCGCCUCGAAGCCUCCACAACUUGUAAUCAACCUACAUACUUAUGUGCUUUAGAUAUCAGCGAAACGUACUUUUAGGAGCCAUAGGUUUUAUGAGUUUUCUUCCUAGAAAGUUUUGUUGAUGUCACACUUGAAAUGGGCCAUGAUUUAUUCUGGAACUCUGAUCUGAUGUGGACUUUCACAAAGUCUUGGUUGAUACAAGGGUAUAUGCUUGUAAAUAUUGAUAAGUAUGUGAUCCUUUGGUAGAUUUUGUUGAUAAUUUUAUUGUGAAUAUCAAUACAACAACAACAAAGCCUUAUCCCACUGGGUGGGUCCUGCAAACACAUGAAUAGAAGCUUCUCUGAUUUAUCAGAGCCAGGUUUCAAUGAAGGCUUCUUGGUUGCCCUGGCUCACUUUGGAGCUAUGCAAAUUGCAAACAUGCUUUUGAGAACCACUGGCACACACCCACAGAAAAAAUGUUUCCUAGAAUUAGGUGCAUCGCAUCUUAGCUUUUUGACGUCACAAAUUGUAGAUACUUUGAUACUCAAUAUGGAGCUGAGUACUAUUAAAGAUGCAUUUGAUCGUGUCACAAAGAAGCAAAAGUUAUCUAGUGCGAAGACUCAGGAAAUGCUUGAUCAAAUCAGACAGGAAAUUGAGAGUGCUUUAGACAAGAUGCAGUCAGCCAAUAACUCGGACCCUGAGCACAAUUAUAAAGCUGUCCUCAAUGAGCUCAAGGCCAAUUUGCUUAAAAUUGCUCCCCUUAGCCAAAUGGAAGGCACACAAAAAGAGCUAAAUGUAGCACUCAGCAAGUAUGGGAAGCUACUUGAGAAAUAUUUCAAUCCUGAUAUAUCAAAGGCUUAUAGAAAUAUUGAUGUUGAUACACAUACGUUAAACCAAAUAAUUGCCAACCAUUUUUAUCGCCAGGAACUUUUUGAUAUUGGUGAUCAUUUUGUGAGUGUGGCUGGAGAACCAGAAUCUGCUUCCACUAUGAAAGCUCCAUUCCUAGAAAUGUAUCAAAUACUUGAAGCCAUUAAGAACCAGAACCUGGAGCCAGCCCUAAACUGGGCUUCAAUGAACUCUGACAAACUUGCUCAAAGUGGAUCUGAUAUUGUGUUGAAGCUUCACUCUAUGCAAUUUGUAAAAAUACUUCAAAAUGGAACUAGAGAUGAAGCUCUUCAUUACGCCCGAACUCACCUGUCUCCUUUUGCUUCCAGUCACAUGGCUGAAAUCCAGAAGCUCAUGGCCUCCCUCCUGUGGACCGGAAAACUUGAUCGGUCUCCAUACCAUGCAUUAUUAUCUGGAUCUAACUGGGACAAGUUGGCCGAGGAACUUAAACGGGAGUUCUGCAAUCUCUUGGGGCAGUCAUACAACAGUCCAUUGAGUGUGACUGUAGCAGCAGGGGUUCAGGUUUUGCCGCCUCUCCUUAAAUUUAUGAGCCAGUUGAGUUGGACCGGGAAUUCCAGUUCCAUUCUAUUUUUGUUUGUCCUGUCUCAAAGGAACAAGCAACCGAGGAUAAUCCGCCAAUGUUGAUGUCCUGCGGCCAUGUCCUUUGUAAGCAGUCUAUCUUGAAGAUGUCGAAGAAUCACACAAAGAUGUUUAAGUGCCCUUACUGUCCCUUUGAUAUUGAUGCUGUACAAUGCAGGCAGCUAUAUUUCUGAUGUUGAAUAAUUUGUAUGAAACUCUGUUGUACAACUGAAUCCACGUGUUGUUGAAUAGUUCCGUUAAAGCAUGGGCAUUGGCAUGCCAGUGUUUGGUGACUGCAAAAUGCCAUGCCAAAUUGUGAUGUCUGUAUGUCUGUAUGUCGAAUAACAUUUGUUGUAAAUAGAAAUUCUUUCAAGUUGGUUAUGUCCUGCAA